CAUUGAAGAUGGGUAACAUCGCCGCUUCGUAUCACCGCAACAAUGUGUCUCCCGAUAAGGAUAGGAAGAUUUUCGCUGCUAUCGGCGGUGUUGGAGUUUGUUCUGCCCUUACGGUGAUUAUAGAAAUGUGCGAGAAGCUUGGUGGCUCACAUAGUCAUAAUUGGUCUGCUCUCAGGUUUAUGGGACCUCAAAUUUGGUUGCCGCUCAAAACUAAAGAAGACUUUAACGUCGCUAUCAUCAUACUGAUUUUCUCGAUCAUGUACGCCGCGUCGGCCACUUUACUCAUUUAUGCCGGUUGGAAUCGCGUGAAGGACCUGUCAUUGACGUGGAAGAUGGUAGAGGUCGGAGUCCUGAUCUACCAGAUGAUAGCCGCAAUUAUAACGGCGAACAUGUUUUCUGUGGCGGACUCGGUCCUCCUAUCCGUAGACACAGUGUUGGGCGUACUGGCUCUGAUCUACACAAGAAUAGCUGAGAGCGCGUGGCGGGAAGAGCCUUCCCGAGCGGCGCGCCGUCGGCGCAGGCGUUCUCCAUCGCCGUCGCAGGACGAGGUGGUGACAGUGUCCGAGCCCACAGCAGUAUCUUCGCAACAGGCCCGGAGGUCUCUGGAAGCGGUGCCUGGUCCCAGCGCCGUGGCAGGACCAAGCGGCGUACCCCGGCCGAGCAGGGCUGCCGAGCCGCACCCGGUGGACUAUAUUGACGGUGACAGCGACAGUCUGGAGGAGGUGGCAGCCAUCGUCGAGCUCCCUCCGCCUCGGCACGUCAUAACGCCCAGGCGCAAGAAGUCCAGCGUGCGUACCGCCGAAGUGACUGUGCACAGCCCUCCGCCGGACCUGCAAGACAUCGCCGUGAGUACGGACGCUGACGAAUCUCUCGGGUCGAUAGCAGAAGAGUCCACCUCAGACCGUUCGCACAGCUCUCCCUCCACAGCUUUGAGCUCACCACCCUGUAAGCCUACAGCUGCAAGACUUAGUGAGACUAUCCUCGAAGUAGUUCCGCAGGGUCCAUCCACUUCAACCGCAGUGCCAGCAUCCACUGAGCCACCAUCAGUAGCUCAAGCACCUGCGUCACAGCAGACAUCCCCGUCAACUGUAGAAGCUAAGUCCAGGAAGCGGAAGACAGAUGCACCAGCACGGGCUUCACCUCGUACACCUCCACCCACAGCAGCAAGUUACCCACCAGCAGAAGCAGAAUCACCCAGAGAACGUCCUGUGUCCCCUGGUGAAAGUAAAACAUCGCAGCAAACGCCAUCCGCUACUGCCGGGUCAUCCAGUGCCGAUCCGAAAACUGCAGAACAGCCAUCAGCAACGGACACAGCAACUUCGUCGCCGUUACCGGGAGAUGGUGCAUCACAUUCGUCUCAGACCGAAGCAGACUCGGCCCAGGCUACAGCCGGAGCGGCAGGAAGCGGAACACUUCAGGCUGAAACUGAAACAACGGGAGAGCAGCCAGCUGUGGGAACUGAAGUUGCGACGGAGGCGCGGGAUUAGACAAAUAGGUAGUAGCAUGACAGACGCUGUCGUUGGUGUUUAAUGCAGCCGUCAACUUCCCUAGAAUGCAACAUUUAUGGUUUUAGCAGUUACAAUUAUCUGCAUGAAGUUUUAGUGAUAUGACAGUUUUUUAUUCUGCAUGUGAACAUUUUUUACAUAAGCCGUUGCAUGAAAAUACUGAAAGGAUACGUCACAAAAUUGUAGUGGCACUAUAGU